GGUGCGCUAGUUUUUUGUGCGCAUGCGCAUAGAAAGUACAUAAGUGCACGUCGUCUUCACGGCUUUAUUCACUCGCUGCAGCUCACUGGAAAACAAACAAUGAAGCUGGGCUGGGCUUGUAUUUUGCUUACGCUUGCUCAGGCUGGGCUGGGCGACAUUGUAACACAGUGCAGUGAUCCGGACGUUACGGCCCUCAGAGACACACUUCGCCAGUCAGCGUGCAAGCUUGUUCCAGGCCGAGGAAACGACACCCAGACGCAGAUCUUCCGAGAGAGUGUGUAUAAGAAGCAUGGUCAACAAAAUAUUUUGUCUCCAUUCUUCGCUUUUGUAAGCCUCUUCCGACCUAACCCAGCUCUGGUGUGGUGCCGCUCUCCCUGCUCGCUACGGUCUGCGAACAUCACGUGGUGCAUCAACAUCGCCUAUCUGGACAGGGUUGUGGAGACGUGCGUCAGGCUGGGGGAGGAUGGGCAGAUUGUCACUAACAGCACCUGCGAGGCGGAGCUGGUGGGCGUCCCAAGUGUACUGGACCUUCCCUCAGUUUGUACGUUUGCAGGAGACACUGGGUGUCUUUCCAUGGCCAACCUGGACUGGUUCUAUGAAGGCUCUCUCAUGACCUGCACCGUUGAGUCAGAGACCUGCAGCUCUAAGUCUUUCACAACUCUGCUCACCACAAGUGGCAUUGCUCAGCUGCCAGAGUUCGAGCUCUUCCCUUUGUCUCCAUUCAACAUUCUCACCAGCAACCAGGUGGUCCUUCACGUAGAGCUCAGUUCUCCAACGGAAAGGAUCACUGUAAUCUGGCAACAUAGAGACACUCUUCACAACCAAUUCAUCUAUGAAGAUCCUUUUUGUGUCAGUCUACACGAGGAAUGUCAGAAUGACACUCACCCCGGAGCAGUACUGUUGCGGCAGGAGAGGAUCAGAGCUUACCGCACCACUCGCGUCGUGGAGUUAGAUGGUUGUCAGGCCAGUUUCUUCUAUCGCCUAGAGACCUACCUCAUAAUUGACAAUGCAACUGCUGAGGACAGUGGUGAAUACAUUUUCAAUUUGACUGUUACCCAUACAGGAUCCGAUCCUAUCACUGUUGCUCGCAGUGUCAAUGUGUCUAUCAGCUGUGAAAACCGCCCUCCCGAUCGAGUCAACUGCAGCAGCCUCUCUCCAUCCGUGUACAAAGGAAACAACAGCUAUUGGGAGUGUACUCUAACUGACCAUCCCGGAGCCAACCUCGUUCUAGUCUUGAACAAGACCACUGUCCUCCAGCCUAGCAAACCAGGCACCACUUGCAGGAACCGCUCUGAAGUGGUCUUCUACGUGGAGCCAACACCGAAGCACACCUGCUACAGCAAGUUCAAGAUGGUGGUGUUUGUCUGCUCAGCCGACUACAGUCUGGUGGGGGAGUACAGUGUGAGGAACAGCAGUGGCCACCGGGCUCCUGGGAACUCUGUCUUUGUGAAGGUGGUGGAGGGGCAAACUAUCCCCAACUCUCAUGGUUCCUUGAGUGGUAUGUCUGUGUUCCACACACUCUCUCCCUGCUCAACAGGGUUCUCCUUAGAGCGCGUAAGCACGGCGCAGUUCCGCGCAUUAGCUAGCACCCCCCACCCACACAGGGUACAGUGGGUCCUGGUUAAUAUCAUACCCACGGUGAAAAAUGAUAAUAAUAUGCCGGAUAUUCUACAAUGCGGGUGUGUAUACUGUGUAUACCAAUGUAUACUUUGACCCAGAUAGCACACAAUGCAGUUUGUUUAGCUAAGCUAAGCUAGCCUAGCUGUUUACUAAUAGCCCAGUUGCGCGUUAGGCAAAGAAUUAUUUUAAUCCCGUGUGACGUCAUUCCCGGUUGCUCCUGGUGGCCAGGAAAAUGUAUUGCAGUGAACGGAGAAUUGUGCUUAGACUGAUGAUUUUAUUUCCCAAGAACACCUAAGCUAAGUCCACCUCUGUUACUGUGGUAUUUUUUGCGCAUGAUCGACCAUCCAUGGCUUCGGGCACCCACUGAGUGCAUGAGCAAAGCUACAUUCCAGUUAUGUAAUAAUUUGUACAAUGGCAUACCAUUUCCAUGACGAUUACAUGUUUCCAUGACGACCACAUUGUUUGAAAAGCCUCAGGCACUUUUAUUUAAAAUUACUUCUUCACUCCUCAAACUUGCUAACUGUAGCACGCAUGGAGGUGAAACUUGGUGCGCAUGUUGUGUAUUGCAUCGUUUCGUUCGGACAGGACAACACGGUAGUGACAACGAGCUCCCGCAAGCUAUAGGAGCUUCCUCCGCUCAUUAACUCCCGUUUUUUAGAACACGUGCUCCGAGUGUUUUUUUAUAGGGAGAACCCUGGGUCUGGGUCUGGUUCUGGUUCUGGCACUGGCACCAGCUCUUAUUCAAGUCCCACGGUUAUCCCCACUCCUACCAACACCGUGCUAGUGAACAUGGAUGAUAGAGAAGGAGAGACUGCCCUGGUGACAGCUAGUCUCGCCAUGGCCGUUAUGGCCCUCCUGUUUGCUCUGGUAGUGACUUGACUACUUGCCAAUUGUAUAAUGCAUCCUAAAUAGUUAAAAAAAUAAUUUGGAGUGCACCUCGCUACCAAGUUGUUGAGACAUGCACAAUAGUUAGGAGGUGCGGCUAAAAGUGUUAGGUGUG